AUGGGUGGUGUUAGUACGCGUCUGUUUCAACUCCCAGCCUGACAGAAUUUGUGUGUUUUUUUGUGUGUGUAACCACGCCUACACAGUGGCUGCCAAGGCUUACCCAUGAGUUAAACCUUCUUUAGUUGGUAAUGAGGAAGGCGGGGGCUCUAGCAGUGGACAACCUAAGGCAGCAGUGGGUGAAAACAAGCAAAAUAAAGAAAAGUUUGGCUGUGAGAAGGUGCUAGACAGCCAGCCAUAGUGACGAGGAGGCAGGAAGGUACAUCACCACCACCACCACCAUCACCACCACAGGGAAGUUAAGGAAAUCUGGCAACUGUUUUAAAGAAUUCGAAUUCCCCGCUGUGGAAGCACUGCCAGUUGCCACUGAGGACGUGAGGAGGAGUGAGGAGGCGGCGCGUGGCAUCUCCAGUAGCCUUCUGAAGCCUUUUGUAUUAUACGCCGGAACUACGCGGACUGACAGUGACUGAGUGGAACUGAUUGAGAGGCCAAGACUGACUGCCCGUGAUUGGGUGACUGACUCUGAACUCUCGGACAGGGACUGACUGACUGAGAGCUCACUACCAUGUCGGCUGAUUCAGAAAAGUGAGACAUGGCAGGAGAGCAGGCGGCAGUUGACAUCACUCCCAACAAGGAUGGAGGAGUGCUGAAGGAGGUGUUGCAAUCUGGAGAAGGAGAAGAGGGGCCAUUGCAUGGUGACAAGGUAUAUGUGCACUAUGUAGGCACCCUCCUGGAAGAUGGGUCCAAGUUUGAUUCUAGUCGAGACAGAGGAGAACGUUUUUCCUUCACUUUAGGCAAAGGUGAAGUGAUCAAGGCCUGGGAUCUUGGUGUGGCCUCAAUGAAGAAGGGGGAGCUGGCCAGGCUGACAUGCAGGAGUGAUUAUGCCUAUGGGGAACAGGGCAGCCCACCCAAAAUCCCAGCCAAUGCCACACUUGUUUUUGAGGUUGAGCUGUUUGAAUGGCACGGAGAAGACUUGAGCCAGAAGAAAGAUGGUGGCAUCAUCCGCAGAAAUGUCACUGCAGGAGAGGGCUACCAGACACCUAAUGAUGGUGCCAUGUUGAAUGUGCACAUCAUUGGUCGAGUCAAUGGAACAGUGUUUGAUGAGAGAGACGUAAAGUUUCCUCUUGGUGAAGGUUCUGAAUACAACAUUCCUGAAGGUUUGGAAACUGCCCUUGAAAAAUUCAAGAAAAGUGAAAAGUCUGUCAUAAAGCUUUCACCAAAGUAUGCCUUUGGAGCUGAAGGAAACCCUUCCCUUGGGGUACCACCUGGUGCCUCAGUGGAAUAUGAGGCUGAGCUGUGUAGUUUUGAGAAGGCCAAGGAGUCUUGGGAAAUGGAUCAAGCAGAAAAGAUUGAGCAAGCCAAGACUUGCAAAGAGAGAGGGACACAGUUCCUGAAGGCAGAAAAAUACAAACUUGCAGUGAAACAAUACAAAAAGAUUAUUGAUCUGCUGGAAUAUGAUGCUGGCACCGACUCCACUUCUUCUGAGGACGGCAGUGACUCAGGGGAGGAAGCCAGCAGUGAAGCCAACACCAAGGGUUUGGAUGAUGAGAAGAAAGCAGAAAGUCAAAGUGUCCUACUAGCAGGACAUCUCAAUCUCUCCAUGGUGUAUUUGAAGCUAAAAGAUUACUCCUCUGUCCUGGAGCAUGCCACCAAGGCAGUUGGCAUGGAUUCCAAUAGUGUGAAAGCAUAUUUCAGAAGAGGCCAGGCCCACCUGAGCAUGGGUGAUCCUAUACUGGCACAGAAGGAUUUUCAGUCUUGUCUUAAUCUUGAGCAAAACAACAAAGCAGCCAAACAGCAGCUGAUGAUCUGUACACAAAAAAUCAAGGCAGACAAACUGAGAGAAAAGCAGAUCUAUGGUGGAAUGUUUGAAAAGUUUGCAAAGCAAGAUAUGGAGAAAAAGAAGGCUGAGGCCAAGGUGGAUACCACUGAAGAAAAGAAGUCUGAAGAAAAGCCAGAAGUAGUUUGCUAACUGACUUCUUGCUGAUUCCUGGAUUAUGUUUGCCUUCUAUGUUAAUGUGGUCAGCAGAAUAAAGGAAAGUGUGUAUUAAAAAUUUCUGGUGUAAAUGUGAAAUUUGAAUUGGCCAUGUCUUACUCUCUUAUGAAAGCAAACCCAAGAUCCAUUUCCCUCAGUUCCCAGUGGAAGGGAAGUUUGUUGUUCUGUAGUUAUGUGCAGGUUAUUAAAUUUUGACAUGUGUGCAGGCUUAUUCAUUUUUAUGUUCACAUGCUUUUGCUGAAUAUGAUUGAUCAAAUUGUGGGUAGAGAUUUUUUGUAAUCCUGUUUUAUAAUUAUGUAUUGUGGAAUUAUUUAUUUUGAUAAGUAUCCAGCAAGAUCUACGGUGAUUGUGUGGACAAUUUUUCAUUCCUAUGGAAGUUUGUAAUUGUACCAUGGUAGCUGUGCAAAGGGAUCUUAAUGUUUGAAUUUUGAUACUUUUGAAAACUACUAACAGUGCUAGAUAUAUUAGAGGGAAACAAACUUGAAGACUAAUGAAUGUCAAGUUUAAAACAAACAGCAAGGCAUUAUAUCAUAGGUACCAUGCAUUUAUGUCUGAAGGAACUCUGAUACAUUUCAUGCAGGACAAGUUACUAUUUCAUUUGGAUGAAACAGAAGUCUAGUAUGUGCCACUGUUUUAGGUGACUAAUUUUGAUCUAUAUUUGAACUAUUCACUACUGACAAUGUUACUAGAUAAACCAUUGAUUUUUAAAUUGAUGUUUGUGGUGUCGGCAGACUGAACAGUUGUAGUCUGAAUUGUUUCAAGUUACAUUGUGAUUGUUACUGUAGAUUUGUUAUUUUUAAAUUUUUAUUGUUUAGCAUUUUGCUCUUAAUAAAGACUGUGAUGACACCAACUAUCCCCUUGAGAAA